AUGCUGCUGGACAUUCAACGCAAGUUUUUCUCGCGCACCGAGCGCGUCAAGUCGGUGGACUUUCACCCGACAGAGCCUUGGCUGCUGGCAGGUCUGUACGAUGGCACCGUGUUUAUCUGGAACUAUGAGACCGGUGCUGUCGUCAAGACCUUCGAGGUAGCUGAGGUGCCGGUGCGGUGUGUCCGGUUCAUCGCGCGCAAGAACUGGUUCAUCGCGGGCUCUGAUGACUUUUUCCUGCGCUGCUACAACUACAACACACACGAAAAGGUCACUGCCUUCGAAGGCCACCCCGACUAUAUUCGCAGCAUCGCCGUACACGCCACGGGGCCCUAUGUGCUGACGGGCAGUGAUGACAUGACGAUCAAACUGUGGGACUGGGAGCGCAACUGGCGCCUCGUCCAGACCUUUGAGGGCCACACUCACUUCGUCAUGGACCUGUGCUUCAAUCCAAAAGACUCGAAUUCGUUCGCGUCUGCCUCGCUCGACCGCACCGUCAAAGUCUGGACGCUCGGAUCGGCGACAGCCAACUUUACUCUCACAGCGCACGAAAAAGGCGUGAAUGCCGUCGACUACUACCACGGCGCCGAUAAGCCAUACUUGGUCACGACAAGUGACGACAAAACCGUGCGCAUCUGGGACUAUCUCAGCAAGUCGUGUGUCCAGACGCUCUCGGGUCAUACCUCCAACGUCUCGUUUGCCGUGUUCCAUCCUUCCUUGCCGCUUGUCAUCUCUGGCUCAGAGGACGGCUCUGUCAAGCUGUGGCAUGCGAAUACGUACCGCCUCGAGUCGACCCUUGACUAUGGCCUCGAGCGCGUGUGGUGCAUUGCGUGCCGCAAGUCGAGCCACGAUAUUGCGCUCGGCUAUGACGAAGGUGCCGUGGUCGUCAAGCUCGGCAAGGAGGAUCCGUGCAUGAGCAUGGACCAGAGCGGCAAGAUUGUGUUUGCCCGUAAUGCCGAGAUUCUCGGCGCCAACAUCGCGACCGCGUCCGAGUCCGAGCUGAUCGAUGGCGAGCGUGUGCGCCUAACGACCCGCGAGCUCGGCACAACCGAAGUCUUCCCUCAGCUGCUGGAGCACUCGCCGAAUGGCCGCUUUGUGACCGUCUGUGGCGACGGCGAAUACACCAUCUUCACCGCGCUCGCUUGGCGCAACAAGGCCUUUGGCGCGGCGCUCGGCUUUGCCUGGGCUGCUGACUCGAAUACCUACGCGAUCCGCGAAAACUCGUCGACACGGGUGCGUGUGUUUAAAAACUUCAAGGAGCAGAGUGGCUUAGUACCGGUCAACUAUGUGGUCGAGGACAUUGCCGGCGGUGCGCUGCUCGCUGUGAUCGGCGUUGGCUUUGUGUGCUUUUAUGACUGGACGACGGGCGCAUUGGUCCGCCGCAUCAAUGUCGAGGCGAAACAGAUCUUUUGGUCGCAGACGAACGAGCUCGUGGCGAUUACGACGGCCGACUCGUUCUAUGUGCUGCGAUUCCACCGCGCUGCGUACGACGAAUUCGCGGCGAGCGGCAUGCCCUCGGAUGGCGACGGCUUUGAGGAUGCCUUUGAGGUGCUGGCAGAGAUCAGCGAGACGGUGCGGAACGGCCGCUGGACGGGCGAGUGCUUUGUGUACACGAACGGCGCGAAUCGCCUGCAAUACUUUAUCGGCGAGCAGACCUACACGAUCCGACCCUGCGACGCGGAGCUGUACGUCCUAGGCUAUCUGCCCCAGCUUUCGCGCGUGUUGGCUGCCGACAAAGAUAUGAAUCUGUACAGCUUUGCCCUCUCGCUUGCCGUCGUGGAAUACCAGACGGCGAUCCUACAGGGUGACAUGGCGCAUGCCGAGUCGCUCUUGCCGCAGGUGCCCAGUGCGCAGCGCGGCAAGAUCGCGAAGUUCUUGGAGGCGCAGUCCAUGCCUGACUUGGCUUUGAGUGUGGCCACGGACCCCGACCACCGCUUUGACUUGGCCGUCCAGCUCGGCCAAUUCGAUGUGGCUCUUGAUAUUGCGCGCCACGGCCCUGCCUCUGGCGCCGAAAUGCGGUGGCGCACGAUCGGCGACCAGGCCCUCGCCCACUGGGAUGUCGCCCUCGCCCAAGAGUGCUUCAAGCACGCCAACGAUGUCCACUCGCUCUUUUUGGUCGCCACGGCGCAACAGGACGAGGCCCUCCUACGCCACGUGGCCGAAGCCGCUCGGGCCAAGGGCGAGCUCAACCUGGCGGUGGCGGCGCUCGUCCAGCUGCAGGAUACGCGCGGCGUGGUCGAUGUGCUGAUGCAGGCGCAGCGGCUGCCUGAGGCGGCGCUGUUUGCGCGCACGUAUGCGCCGCAUCUUGUGCCGGAGACGGUGCGUGCGUGGAAGGCGUCGAUCCGCGCACAGUCCAGUCAGAAGCAACAAGAGCUCGCGGACCGUAUCGGCGAGCCACAUACCAUGCCUGAGCUGUUCCCUGAGGGCGGAUACACGUAG